AUGGCUGUCCGCGCGCAAUUCGAGAACUCGAACGAGGUCGGUGUUUUCUCCUGCCUGACAAACGCCUACGCCAUCGUUGCAGUCGGUGGCUCGGAGAACUUCUACAGUGUCUUCGAAUCCGAACUCCAAGAUGUCAUCCCCAUCUGCCACGCAACCAUCGCCGGCACCCGCAUCGUCGGUCGUCUAGUCGUCGGUAACCGCAAAGGUCUCCUCGUCCCCACCACAACCACAGACCAAGAACUGCAACAUCUGCGCAACACACUGCCAGACACGGUGAAGAUCCAACGCAUAGAAGAGCGCCUCUCAGCACUCGGAAACGUUAUCUGUUGCAACGACCACGUCGCAAUCGUGCACCCGGAUCUGGAGCGUGAAACCGAGGAGAUCAUCGCCGACGUCCUCGGCGUAGAAGUCUUCCGCCAAACAGUCGCCGACAACGUCCUCACAGGCUCGUACAUGGCCCUCUCCAACUCCGGCGGCAUCGUGCACCCCAAGACCUCUAUCCGCGACCAGGACGAGCUCUCCUCGCUGCUGCAGGUGCCUCUCGUCGCUGGUAGUGUUAACCGCGGUUCGCCGGUCGUCGGCGCCGGCAUGGUCGUCAACGACUGGCUCGCCAUUACCGGUCUCGACACUACCGCUACCGAGCUUAGUGUUGUGGAGUCUGUGUUCCGUCUUGGUGAGAAUGCUGGCGCGGCGGGUGUGAAUAAGGACAGUAUUGUGGAGAGUUUCUAUUAG